AUGCGGUUUAGCCGAGUUGGACACGACGGCGCUGUCGACGAUGACGAUGACGAGGAGGAAGGUCCACCGAGGCCUCUUCCGAAACAUGACUACAGGGCCAUCUACAAAUGGUGGAACGACGAGUACAGACUGGUUGUAGUCUGCAUCCUCGGCGCCAUUGCCCUAGGCAUCAUCUUCGAAAAGUUUGACCAGAGAGUAGUGCCUCAGCUACGUGGAAACUUCGAUUUCGACGUCAUCAUCGUGGCCAUAUUCACUUGCGUCCGCGUCGCCAUGAGUGGUAUUGUCGAAUCUUCCAUCAGCCAGGCCGCCUGGAUCUGGGUACACCUCGCCUGCAUCGGUGCCCUGAUCGUCAUCCUCACCCACGGACUUGAAGCCUCUUCGCAACAACUUUAUCGGUACGAGGGCCGCCCGGUUGUAGUCAAAAGCCACAAUAACCCCCCCGUUCCGGCACCCCCGAGAAGCGACCUGUAG